CAUACAUCUUAUAUACCUAAUAGAAUAUUAUUGUAGAUUUUAUCACUAUAUCGUGGCGUCGUGCACUUGUGCUCGUGUAUAAUACACCAAUACUAUAACCCUUACAAUAAGGCACACAGCCACAGACAAAACUAUUAAAACGGGCCUUAAAUCAUUUCGGCAAUUUGUGAUUGAUUCAAUAUUGAAGAUUACAAACAAACUGAUAAGAAAAUAACAUUUAAAAAACAUUAAACAUAGGUUUUUGAUUAAUUCAUUUUAUACUUAUUUUUUAAAACUGGUAAGUAUAACUGCUUCAUCUAAGAUGAAUAGCCCUAAAGUAAAUAUGAGUAUUCAAGCCGCUAAAAAGGUGAAUGGGUUAGCGGAUCCAACUAAACCAUUUUCUUCAUUUAUGAAAUAUAAUAAAAAUGAUCUUGAAGUGACAAUGCAUUUCAUAAAAGCACCUGCCAUGACUACUUUUCUCAAAGAUAAGUUAUAUUCUAUGAUUAAAGACAAUAUGAUGGAAGCAUAUAAGAAGUGUCCUUGGGGAUGGGAUGGAAAAAAGAAACGUGCAGAGUUAUUCCACAAAGAUGCUAGGUAUAUUUUAGUUCGGCAUUCAAGUGAUAACUCUCUUGCAGCUUUUGUGCAUUUUCGAUUUGAUAUUGAAAAUUUGAUUGAAGUUUUAUAUCUAUAUGAACUUCAAAUUGAAAAAAAUGUGCGUGGUAAAGGUCUUGGAAGAUACUUAAUGACCCUCUUGGAAACUAUGGCAUUUCAUUACAAGAUGAAACGUAUUGUAUUAACAGUGCUUAAAAGUGAUGUGAAUGUAGUCAAAUUUUAUUUUUCACUUCAAUAUGAAAUUGAAUCAUACUCUCCUGAAGAUGCAUUUUAUUAUAUACUAAGUAAAAAAAAAAAAACUUUAGAACUUACAAAGAACAAAUAAGUUUGAAAUAAGUUGGUUCUAAAUCUAUAAUAAGUAAUUUAACAAACUUUUUAUACAUAUAUUUUAAUUUAUAU